AUGUGGAAAAAGGGAUCGCAAGAAGGGGAUCAGCGAUUGAUAUAUUCUGCCUUAUGGUGGGCAAGAUGGUUUGGUUUCUAUUCCUUUCGUUCUCUCCCCACAAAAAUAAUGCGCGUCUUUUCCCUCGUUUCCCUCGCCCUCACCGCGACGACCACCGUCAAUGCACUCCCCCGCGGCUACCAACCCCCAGACAAACGAAGCGCGGUCAUUCCGUUCCUAAACAACGUACUCGUAUUUGACGCCCCUGCCUUCAACGACCCAGCCAAACCAGGCAACACGCUCGUUCAACUCCAGGCUUAUGUAUCUCUCCCACAACUAAGCCUUGCGCCCGCCCUUAACGGCCUCAGCGCCAUGCUCAAGUCAACGCUCGGGUUGGACAUUGAUCUCGACCGUGUACCAAGCCGACUUUCCCUCUUUGCAACUGUGCCGUUGAAUGGCAAGGACGUAACAGUCAGCAUCGAUGGUUGCAGCCAAAGUGCAAAGCUUCAGAGCACAGCUCAGGGUGGAAUGGCCAUCCAAAAUGUCAGUCUUGGCGCUUGCGGGUCUGGAGAGGCCGUCGCAUUUGGCAAGGUCAAGUCCGACAGCGAUGCCAAAUUCAGGAUCUUCCCCUCAAAGCCGGAUGGGUUUGGUGUCAUUUCUGAUAUCGACGACACCGUCAAAAUUUCGCACAGUCUUGACCCACUCCAGCUUGCGAAAGCAACUCUCGUCGAUGACCCUGAACCUGUCGCUGGCAUGCCUCAAGUCUUCGCCUCAUUAGCCAAGUCGCUCAACAAACCACAAUUCAUCUACGUCUCGGCAUCGCCUUUCCAGUUAUAUCCCUUCCUUCGCUCCUUCAUUGACGAUACCUACGCCGACUCCACCGGCCCCAUAAUGUUGAACAACCUCUCGACAACGAACAUCGGCGAUUUGGUCAAGACCCUGACCAAUCCCAACAAUGUGUUCGACUACAAAUCGGCUAUGGUCGACCGCAUUCACGGAAUGUACCCCAAGAAGAAGUUCCUCACCGUUGGCGACUCCACACAGAAGGACCCUGAGACCUACGGUAACGCCAUCCGCAAAUACGGCGACUUCAUCUCUUGCGCUUGGAUCCGCAAAGUCGAUGGUGCAGACAACAGCGAUGAGCGCUUUGCCGCGGCGUUCAAAGGCGUCGAUCCCAGCAAAAUCAAGAUUUACACCGACGCGGAGAUUCCUGGCUUAGCAAACAUCGAUGUGGCGGGUGGGAAGUGCAACUGA